GGUGGUCCCGGGGCCCCACGGACCCCGCGCGCCAGCCUGACGGCGCCCCACCCACCGCGGGCCCUGACGGUCGCUGUCGCGUGUCCCCAGCUGCACCCACACCAUUUCAUCUCUCCCCUCCUCGGCUCUUCUCCUCGCUUCCAAGCGACACCCGAAGCGGCAGCGAGAGGCAACAGCCACCACUUCAGCUUCCCCUUGGCUUCUACUCCACUGAAGCAGGCCGAAAGGAGGAAGCAGACAAGAGGAGGAACCCAUGGCGAGCAACGGCGACGGGAAGGGCCGCGUGGCGGCGGCGGCGGGGGGAGGGUACGGGUACGGUUACGGCGGAUACGAGGGGCCGGGGGAGAGGAAGUGGUGGCCGUGGCUCGUGCCCACCGUGAUCGUCGCCUGCAUCGCGGUGUUCGUCGUGGAGAUGUACGAGAACAACUGCCCCAAGCACGGGAGCACGGUCGGCGACGGGUGCGUCGCCGGGUUCCUGCGCCGCUUCUCGUUCCAGCCGCUUCGAGAGAACCCGCUCCUCGGGCCGUCGUCCUCAACUUUGGAGAAAAUGGGAGCUCUUGACUGGAACAAAAUUGUUCAUCAACACCAAGGGUGGCGCCUUAUUAGUUGUAUCUGGCUCCAUGUUGGCCUAAUCCAUUUGGUCGUGAACAUGCUAAGUUUGUUGUUUAUUGGAAUCCGACUUGAACAGCAAUUUGGGUUUGUUCGCAUUGGUGCCAUAUACCUACUAUCUGGUUUUGGCGGUAGCGUGUUGUCUGCGCUCUUCCUACGGAAUAACUACAUCUCUGUUGGUGCUUCUGGACCUUUAUUUGGCCUGCUAGGAUCCAUGCUUUCUGAGCUACUCAUGAACUGGACUAUUUAUUCCAACAAGGCAGCAGCCAUAAUAACUCUCCUGUUUAUUAUUGCACUCAACUUGGCUAUCGGGAUACUACCUCACGUCGAUAACUUUGCUCAUAUUGGUGGAUUCGCGACGGGUUUCCUUUUGGGUUUUAUUUUGUUGGCGAGGCCUCAGUUUGGUUGGAUGGAACACCGUGAGUUACCACAAACCAGCCAACCUCCCAAGUACAAAGCAUACCAAUAUGUUUUGUGGGUUGUGGCGCUAGUCUUGCUUUUGGUCGGGUUUGUGAUUUCGCUGGUGAUGCUCUUCAAGGGAAAGAAUGGGAGCGAUGGCUGCCACUGGUGCCGCUACCUGAACUGCGUGCCAACAUCGAAGUGGAACUGCAACUCCUAGGCACCUUAAUUUUCUGUUAAACUUUCGGCGAAAUAUGUAGCGUUCAGAUUCAGAAGACCAUUUUUUAUGCCUGUAUGUCUGUAGAUAUGGACAAGUUCUUUGUUCUUUACUGGAUUGGGGUUUCCUGGUUUCUGUAAACUACUUGUCGGGCGUUGUAUGUUUAUAACUUGAGCGUUAUACCGUUUC